CUUUCUCUCCCGGCCGCUGGCUCCAGGCCGAGUGACAGCGGGGCCGGGAAACAGAAACCGACGCGGCGGCUCCUCCCCGCGGGGGCCGGGCCGGAGGGGGAGGAACCGGGAGAGACGCCGGCGGAGCCCACCCAGAUGAGCGACGCCUCAGGCCCCGAAAUGCCCCUGCAGCCCCCGGCGGACGCCUCGCCGGGCUCCCCGGACCGGGGCGACGUCUCGGUCGUGAUCGUGGGGGCGCCGGGCUGCGGCAAGUCGGCCCUGCUCAACGCCGCGCGGGGCCUGGCGGAGGGUGACGCCCGCGCGGCCCCGCUGGGGGCUCCGGCUAGCUCCGGGGGGCCUGUGCUGUACCCCGAUCCGGCCCGGCCCAACCUGCUGCUCUGGGAGCUGGCCCUGACGGAGGGCGAGGGGCCGGCGCGCUGGCUGGCCGAGGGGGACGUGGUGCUCCUGGCCACCGACGGGCUUUUCGGUGCCAGCCACGCCCGCCUGGCCCAGGAGGCCCGCGGCGCCGGCAAGACGGUGCAUUUCGCCCGCACCAAGGCCGACCUGGACCUGCACACCCUCCGGCGGCUCCUGGGCGAGCGCUACGACCGGGCCCGGGCCCUCGACGCCCUCCGGGCCGCCUGCGUCCAGUCCCUGGCGGCCCACGGCCUCGGGGAGCCCCCGCCCGUCGUCUUCCUCGUCUCCGGCCACGAGCCCCAGGAGCUGGACGGGCCCCUGCUGCGCCAGGCUCUGGUGGGAGACGUCAGGGUGUACGAGAGGGUGCUGCGCCCGGCGCUCUCCGGCUUUGAGCAGAUCAGCGAGCGGGAGGUGGCCGAGAUCCAGGAGGCCUACGAGCUGGGCGGCCUGGCGGAGGUGGUGACCCGGGUCCAGUGCAGCCUGGAGACCCUCUGGAACGCCCGGCUGGAUGUGGCCGUCACCGGGGAGUCGGGGGCCGGCAAGUCCACCUUCGUCAACGCCCUGCGAGGCCUGAGCGACGAGGCCGAGGGGGCGGCCCAGACCGGCGUGACCGAGACCACGGCCCAGCCCACGGCCUACCCCUACCCCGGCUACCCCAACGUGACGCUGUGGGACCUGCCGGGCAUCGGCACGCCCAGCUUCCGGGCCGACCGCUACCUCGAGGCCGUGGAUUUCACUCGCUAUGACUUCUUCAUCAUCCUGGCCUCGGAGCGGUUCAAGGAGAACCACGUCCGCCUGGCCCGGGCCAUCGUGGAGCAAGGGAAACGCUUCUACUUCGUGCGCGCCAAGGUGGACAACGACCUGGAGGCCACGCGGAGGAGGAAGGACCCGCCCGAGGAAGAGGAGGUGCUGGAGGAGAUCAGGAGGGACUGCCGGGAACGGCUGGGCCAGGCCGGGCUGGGCGACACCAAGGUCUUCCUCCUCAGCAGCUUCGAGCUCGAGAAAUACGACUUCCAGGCCUUCGAGGAGACCUUGGAGCGAGAGCUGCCGGGGCACAAGCGUCACGCCUUCCUCCUCUCCCUGCCGAACCUCUCGCGGGCCAUCAUCGAGAGGAAGCGGCAGCUGCUGCACCAGGAGGUCUGGAAGGUGGCCUUGCUCUCCAGCCUGGUGGCCGCCGUGCCCUUGCCGGGUCUGGCCUUCACCUGCGACGUCUCCAUCCUGCUGAGGAAGCUGGCCGCCUACCGGCAGGAUUUCGGGCUGGACGCGGCCUCCCUGGCCCGGCUGGCGGAGAGGGCCGGGAAGCCGCUGGAGGCGCUGCGGGCCGAGGUGCGCAGCGUGCUCGGGCGCGGCAUCAACAAGGAGGUGGUGAUCGGGCUGCUGGGGAAGGCCACCGGCGGGGGCUUGGUGGUGGUCAACUUCUUCUUCCACCGGAUCCCCAUCUACGGGGCGCUGGCCUCCGGGGGCAUCUCCUUCCACACCACCUACUCCAUGCUCAGCCAGUGCCUGGAGGAGCUGGCGGCCGACUCCCAGCGGGUCCUCGUCAAGGCCUUCGACAGCGAGGUCUGAGGGGGCUUCCAGCCACGGGAGGGGAUCCCCUCCCGCAGCGAAGGCAGAACGGCCGUGUUAUUGUAGGGUCUCCCGGGUGGGUGGGGGCCGCGUGCAUUGCUUGGUUAUUGUAGGGUCUCCUGAAAGGGGCCUGCACUCCCUGUCCUCUCCCGAAAUCUCUGCCCCCCCACCCCGUAUGCCCAUGGCUACCGUCUCAGCACAGCCACCCUCAUAGCAAUCCCCCUGCUGAGGCAAUUGGCCGUAGCUCCACUGCAGUCGAUGGGGGCAGAUCCCCAGCGGGCCCCGAUGCCCCAGCGCAGCGCUAGGGGGGCGCUGUGCUGCAGGGGGCAGGAUGGGGGCUCUCCCUGGCAGUCAGUGCCGGCCCCGAUGCCCCAGCGCGGCGCUAGGGGGCGCUGUGCUGCAGGGGGCAGGAUGGGGGCUCUCCCUGGCAGUCAGUGCCGGCCCCGAUGCCCCAGCGCGGCGCUAGGGGGCGCUGUGCUGCAGGGGGCAGGAUGGGGGCUCUCCCUGGCAGUCAGUGCCGGCCCCGAUGCCCCAGCGCGGCGCUAGGGGGCGCUGUGCUGCAGGGGGCAGGAUGGGGGCUCUCCCUGGCAGUCAGUGCCGGCCCCGAUGCCCCAGCGCGGCGCUAGGGGGCGCUGUGCUGCAGGGGGCAGGAUGGGGGCUCUCCCUGGCAGUCAGUGCCGGCCCCGAUGCCCCAGCGCGGCGCUAGGGGGCGCUGUGCUGCAGGGGGCAGGAUGGGGGCUCUCCUUGGCAGUCAGUGCCGGCCCCGAUGCCCCAGCGCGGCGCUAGGGGGCGCUGUGCUGCAGGGGGCAGGAUGGGGGCUCUCCCUGGCAGUCAGUGCCGGCCCCGAUGCCCCAGCGCGGCGCUAGGGGGCGCUGUGCUGCAGGGGAUAGGGUUGGGGGGCGAUUCUCCUUGCAGUUCUCCCCCCACAGCCCCCGAAGUCCCCGAGGUCGCUAACACAGACCCUGUCCCGCCCCUGCCCCACGGCGGCUCCGGCUCAUGCAGGGAUCUUGGCGUGACGCAGGCCCACGGACGAGGCCUCUCUCAGUCCGCGGGUGGGUCUGAGCUGGCUUGUGGGGCUUGGGUCCAGCCCUGUUCCCUGGCUUUUGGGGGGCAGCACUGAAAUGCAGGGGGGCCUGUUCUGCAGGGGGCCCCUGACGGUCCUCGAAAGGGGCAACGUGUGUGUGUGUGGGGGGGGGGGGUCCUUCCACAGCUCUGCCCGUAUGGGUUUGUACAGCACCUAGCGCUACCGUAACGCACCUAAUAAAUAGCAAUCGCGAUGUACCACACCCAGUGCUACCGUAAUGCACCUAAUACAGUGAUUUUCAAACUUUUUUUCUGGCGACCCAGCUGAAGAAAACUGUUGAUGCCCACGACCCAACG